UCCGCGAGCGAUACGUCGCAUCGUGUUUGAGUUUCGAAGUCGCGCCCGAGUAUUUUUUCCACGGACAUGUGCUUCUGUGAAUGCCGGAGAUACGAAAUUUUCAUAGUUGAGCAAAAAUCAUGAAAAUUUAGUGGAUUCAAAGAAUGAGAUUAAAAUAAGAGCAAUCAAAAUUUCAAAUACUACGAACAAUAUUGGCUGAUUGAAUUUUUGUUCGAUUUUUCACUGCCAAUACUAAUUGCUUCUAUAACAAAUACAAGUGACCGCAAUUUUAAGCUCGUUGGGAAGAAAUUUUUUUGAAAAGUGAGUGGAAUUUUGAGUUCGUUCAUCGAAUAUCGUGCAAGUCGAUGCCCCUUCCGUUCCAUCGGAAAUUAAAGAUACGAGAAUCAUCGGAAUGUUAGUUAAAGGUUUUUACCUCGGGACUCACCUCGAGUUACGGAGGACAAAUUUAUCGGCGGGGACGAAGCAGUACUAACGGGGUCGGAAAGGGGGAAGAAGGGUAGAGAGCUGAUCCAUGGAGGUGAUAAAAAUAUACCCGAAAAAUCUCGGCACCGUGCCAAAGCCGCCUCGGGCCACGUAUGAAUAUCGUUACCGAUCGUUUGAUAAGAUUAUUCAGGAAUGCAAAUUCUACCAGUUGGUAAUGUCAGUGUAACCGAUUCGACUAUUUUCAAUCGUUGUUUAUACUUAACUCUCGAAGCGAACGGUCACGGAAUUCAUCACCGGCUCGCGACGGAAUAACACGGAAAAAGGCAAAAUUUCAGCGAUAGCGUUCGAAAAGUGAAUUUUCCCUGCUCUUUUUUCACCAUUUUACUUUUUCUAAAACGAACGAAAUUUUCGAGUUUCGCCGACGUAAAAUUUUUCACACCGGAGACGUUGAUCGCGAUGCGAAUCCCGUUGAUUUUUUGUCGCAGAAUUUUUCGACUGGUCUUCGAGUUCGGAAAUCCACGCGCGAGUUGAGAAUCUUUGAAAAAACAGACUCGAGCUCCCCGUCGACGUUUCAACGCGUAUCCAGAAAAAUGAAUUUUUCACAAGUCAAUUAUUCUCCGCUGUUCCCCUUUCGCACACUCUAAAAAAACGUGUUUCAUACUGCGAAGUCGAAAAUUAGUGAAAAGCGUCGUUUGACAGGAGACGUUCGAGGGUAGCGUGAAAAAGCGAAAAAUUUCCGAGUCACUGCGACAGACGCGUUAACUCAUUUUUCAUCAUUUCGCAGAGCCUUCUCUGGCCAAAUGUACGCAUCAUUCGACAGCGCAGUAAAACAUGCUCUCAUUAAAACUGAUCAAAAUUCAAUCCAAUUAAACUGAAAAACGGAUUAAUUGAAAGAUUAAUUACUAAAAACGCCGAACGAAACUCCCCAAAUUUCUGCCGUAAUUUUUCCCCAAAAUUAAUGAUUCCACUCGUAAUUUGUUUGACGGAAAACUCUUAAUGGAUUCAGUGAAAUUCACAACGAAAAAGACUCGAUUAUGGUGAAAUUCGCCACAAAUUUGAAAAAGUGUUGUCCCAGUAUCGCUGCUGUUUACUCUCUCCUCUUUUUUUUUUCUUAUUAUUUCUCAUCGAUUCCUGUCGUAAAACUCUUUCUGACACGUUCCGAGCGAAGCGUAGAUUUUCGAAGCAGAAAAGUUUGGACGAGACCUGCAAAAGCAUCAGAUAUCGAGUCCGAAAAGCGCGAAAUUUUCAGCAAACUCACGGGUACGGGCAUAGAAAAACUCGAACAAACGCGGACGCCGUGUAACACAAAUAUGCACGUGGCUCCCUGCAGUGGAACGUAUUUCAGAGAAAAGUUCUUUCAUUCGCACGUGCUUUUGACGGUAUUAUUUACCACAGUAAAUCAGCUGCUCUGCGGACAUUAUUAUUGUGCUUUCCGAAUAGCUUCCUCGCAAGUAUUCGGGUCUGCGGGGAUAACUUCAUCGUGGAAGCGUUUAUCUGCGAUCCUGAGACCUUCGUAAAUACAGUUUGAGCCGAGGUUAUUAAAAGACGCGUAGAAAAAAUGUUUUUUGAAGAUAGCACGUGCGACGAGUCUCUGCAAAAAGUUUGUUGGACUGAAAUUCGGAUGAAUAAUUUAUGAGAGUUUGAUUACAUAAUUCGAGAUUCACAUUCAUCUGGAAAAAUCGUCGUCGCAAUAAUAAACUUUUGAGCCUCCGCAGGCUCGUAGAAUCGCUCCGAACGGUUGACUGAGAUGAAGCAGCCCAAGGAAAUCGAAUUUCUUUCUCUCAGCUGUGAUGGAAUAUAAGUCCCAAUGAAAAUGAUUAUUCGAUCACAAUGAAGAUGUAAUUUCCGGAUGAAAUGGCGAAAAUACACGAUGAAGCAACGACUUUCCGCAGAGACGAUGGAUUAUCGAUUUUCGAUUUAUCUACUUUUAACACUUUUUUAAGGACUCGACAAAGGGUUGCGGGUACAGGGAUGAAAGCGGAAAGGCGAUUUCCCGUUAAAACUGUUUCGCUACAUCGAUUUUAUCUGCGCUCCUAAUAUUCUUUUUUUGUUUGUUUGUUUUCUCUUUUAUUUUUUCUAACGGUUUCCACCGCAUCACACUUUCGGAAAAGAUAAUAUUUCACGCGGGAUUACGAUUGAAGUAUAGCUUCUUCCACGAUUUGCUGUAGUUUAUUUUCAUUAUGGAAAAUACCACUGAAAUGUAGCCGUUUUGGUAGAAAUUCUUGCAGCAUUGUCGGAGAUCUUUUUGCUCGUACAAUCGCAGCCAAAUAUUGUAGUUUUUGUCAUAACUCCGGACGCGACUAUUCAAAUUUUUUUACUUCUGACAAUUCGACUGGUUUUUCGAUGCGAUUGUAAGGGUACGACGCAGUUUUGGAAGGGAAAUAAAAACAAAUAAAAAAUGAACAGGAAGCGAAGCCGCAAGGAAAUUGAGCCCGGAAAUUGGAGGAUUUGAUGUUGGAAGGAAAAAACUGAGUGGAAAAUAAAUACGCUCGCACGGUGCGAUGAAGCGUUCAUUUUUGUGAGAUAAAUUUAACAAAAAUGGGACUCUGUACUUUUUGUUAAACGUUUGAGGAGAAAAUAAGUGAAAAAGAGGGAAAAAACAAUAAAGAAAUUGAACGGUGGGUGAAAAAAGUUGCUUGAUAAUAGGAUACUCUAGUUGAAAACGACGCAGCGGACUCUUCAAACACAACAAUUUGUAUUGAAACUCUCGAUAAAUAAACGUUAAUUCAGUCGGAAACAGCUUCUUCGCAAAUUAAUUAAACGAAAUAUUAAAUUUUCCAGCAUGAUGAAAUAUCAGUAAAACAGUGAAAAUCGUUGCUGCGUAAAGAAAAGUUUCAGCGUAAUUGAGUCGAGGCUCCGGGAUAAAAUUGUUAACCGUUAAUGAAUGUGUUUGCCCAAGGCAAUCGUGAUAGUGAUAGUGAAAUCAAGAAACGGUGAAGGUGCUCGAUUUAAAUACAUAAAUGUGCGAAAGGAGUCCAGAAUGGUGGCACGGCUCCCGCAACAAGUUUUCCUUCUACUCGUACUCGUUGGCGGAACCACGACAGGGACCGUGUAUCGAGCUGAGUUAUCGAGCGGGGCAACAGUGCCGAGUUUUCGACGAGUUGGAGCAUCAGCGCCAAGAUUAUCACAUCCAGGAAACCUCAGGGGACAAGAAACUUCGAGCAGAACUUCAGUCCGCGUAAGACGAAGCUCCGCUUUGCUAGACGAGGAAAUAACGGUCAGCAGCGAGCUGCCAACAACGAGGAACUUUCGCUCCAGUCAAGUAUUAUCAAUCUUCGAUGCGAAGCCUACUUUGACUUACAAACGGAAAAAAAUGAAGAAUAGCGAGGGGGAAGUUGAUCGGAGAGAAGAAUCGGAGGAGAAAGUACGAUGGGACGAUUCGGAGGAUGAAAAAUUUCGAAGUCCUAGCAAAGAAGGGUUGGCCACUUUGGAAUUUGCCACCACCUCGGACGGCCAAAAGAGCUUCGAAACGGCAAACCAGACGAUAAUUAUUCGUGGAAACCCGUGGCCUCAUCAAGAAAACACGCAUUAUGAAAAACGUGUCAAAACUGUCAGCUUGCCAGCGAAUAGUUCCAGCAACAGCCUCCAGCCCUCGGUGACGUCCCCGAUGUCGAAAAAAGGCGAAUUAACGACUUUGAAUCCACCGAACUCGGACUCAGCGGACAAAGAGCAAAUGGUCCCCAUCGACGUACCUCCGCCGCGGUUUUUAUCCACCAUUUCGCUCGAUUCAACGUUCAGCAACGACAGACACCAAAUGCCCUCCGAUUCUAGGCGUUACACGAGCAGAAGAUUCGACUGGUUGACUUCCGAGCGAAUUUAUACCCCUGUGACGACAUGGCCAACCACAGCGGUCGGCUUUCCGAAGCGCUAUGCAAGAGACACCGAACCGGAUCCGUGCGAGAAAUUCCUCAUCACCGAUGACGUCAAACGCGAAUUUUACAGUCCGAAUUAUCCGCAAAAUUAUCCACCGAAAGCCAACUGCGUACGGACACUCACGGCUGACAAAGGGAUGUUGUUGAAACUCGAUUUUCGGGAUCGUUUCGAGCUCGAAUCAAUGACCGCAGUAAACGACAAGGUGAGCGAAUGUCGUUUCGAUUAUCUUGAAGUGCGAGACGGUCAGUACGGAUUUUCUAAUCUCCUCGGAGUCUUUUGUGACAAACAAUUUCCACCUGAGAUCAUCUCGAAGUCGAGACACUUGUGGUUACGGUUUCGCAGCGACGAUACCAUCGAAUAUGCAGGCUUCAAAGCUGUCUGGAGCACCAUACCGAGGCCAACUACCGGUGGCGUGCCUCCUGAGCAGGAGCCGUGUAUUCGGAACAUCACCAAUAAAUCCGACUUUGAAAUAAGCCAUGAGGAUAUUGAGGCGGAGAAGAAAAGCGCCAUCAAGAACAAAGUAGCGCUGGACUGUUUGUGGAUCAUCACUGCCCCAGCUGGCACGAGGAUGCAGGCGACCUUCGACCCGUUCACUCUGGACAAACCGAACGACUGCAGUGCUAAUUUCCUCGACGUAUUCGAUCAGGAAACGGACAUUCCGUCACGACUGAAAAACUUUUGUGGCAGCAUGGCAGAGACUGUACAUUCCACUAAAAAUAUAAUGUACAUGCGUUUUUAUCUCGAACCAAAAGCCAUCAACAGUUCUUUCAAGUCGAUCGUAACCGUCGUCCGGGAAAAGGGCAGCACUGAUAAACCCUGUCGUGACAACGAAUAUGAUUGCGAUGACAACACAUGCAUAGCGAUAUCUCUGAAGUGCAACAAAAGAUUCAACUGUCGGUUUCUGAGAGACGAAGAUUCUUGUGGGACGGAGGGAGAUCAGCUUGAUUCUUCGAGGGUCAUUAUAAUCCUGGUGAUAUUUUCUCUCAUAAUGUUUGGAAUGUGCUUCACGUUUGUGUUCAAUUGCGUACGAAAACUGAUGCGUGAUCACCGAAUAAUAAGGGAGCACAUAAGACAGUCGCGGGAGAAUCGAUUGGACGAGAUUGGUCGUAAAACGACGCCAUGUCCGGUGUCGUUGUCCCGAACAGAUUUGCGCGACCACGGGAGUGAGUCGCCGAGUGUGGAGGUCGAUUCGAGCAAAGAGUUGAUACCGACGACGAUGAUAGCGCACGAGUACACGAAGGAAUUAGUGUUGGAGAUGAAGUACGGGACGAAGGAGGUGAACGACAUACACCAGAGCAACAAUGUGAGUAACGCGACGCAGGAAAGACUUCAAGAAUCGAGCGAGGAGUUGGAAAUGUGUGACAGUUCGUGUCAGACGAGGGAGAGCCUUUUCGAGCCCCGAAUUUUAGACGCGAGUAUAACGUCGGCGCCAUUUUCGACGUUCGGUUAUCGGCGGACUUCGGAAGGUCAAAACGGAGUGAGUCCUAGCCACAGAGUGACGCCCCAACAGAGUGAAGAACGUCAUCAGCACUAUCAUCACCAUCAUCAUCAACACCCCCACCCACCGUCGAGAAAAUGUUCUCAACACAGUCAUCAAAGCCAUCCAAGUAAUUCACCACCGUCGAGACAUCCGGUUUCGGAACAGUGCUCCGUUUGCCUAAGUUCGAACUCCCGAGAAGGCAGCUUAGUCAUCUGCCCAAAGCACAAUCCAAUCCCAGCUCCACCUGGAUGGUCGUUGCACGAUCCGCCGUACCCUCUCCUCGACGAUCCACGACCCCCGGAGGAUGUUGGAUGUCUGACUUACAAAAGGUACCAGUCCCCCAAACCCGAAAGAACUGCCAGCAACAACAGGAAUCAUCAGCAACACCAAUCCCCCGUUUACACCCGACAAAACACAGUUGGCUCUGGCGAAAGGUACGACAGUUUGAUCUACGGAUCAGCCCGCGCCUCCAGCAACGCAGCUAGCAACACCACCUCAGGCAGCAACGUCACCGGAAGCGGCGGAAGCCAACACUCGGCAACCCCAAAAUACAUUCAAACCGAUCCUCGCUACAGGGCUGAAGCCGUUAUCGAGGUCGACCAAAAGAGGCCUUUCAGCAUAGAAAGCACCAAAAGUGCACCCGACGUUAUCGCGACUCACUGACGUCGGGGUAAUGGGGAUUGGGAACCAUACCGAAGGCGCCAUCCCCGUAAAAACCUUAACGACGAGGAUGUAAACCUAAGUGAUAAGCCUGACGAGAAUGGACUUUGCCGGGCUAACAAAAUCAGUGUCGCGACCCAAAGCUCACUCGAUGACGAUGCCUCCACAACGUCCACCAUCGAAGCCUCGUCUUCUUGAUCCACGUGCCAAUGUCCUGGUCCUGGUCAGCCAGGACCUUCGGCAAUCCAGAUUCAACCCACCCUCCUAACGGAAAAUCAACGACGGGUUAUCUCUACGGGUCAAAAGGACAAUCAACCGGUUCUGCCGCCCCCUGAACUGUUCAGAAAACCUUUUUUUCCGUCUGAAAAUACCUGGAAACGGUGCUGCCCCGGCCACUCUCGUUUCCCAACACAUCGACCAAACCCUUUUCCAUCUCAUUUUCAACAACCCUCUCGAAAUUCUUCCUAUCUCACUUGGCCAGGGUACACCACCCCAUGGACUACUGGAAAAUCCAACGCUUUCAGGACCUGCGGACAUCAGAAUUAUUUGAUGCAACCUCGUUGCAGCAAGUCUCUUUGUAACUCGGCGUUCCGAGUCCCUUCGAACGAACCCAGUGGGAGCAAAGACGCCUGUUACGGGGAGAUUGGCGCUGCCAUACCUUUCUGAACCCUAGCAAUACACUGGAAGAAUAUUAUAAAUGGAAUUUUCGAGUAUAAUAUACUGUUGAAACGUUCAGUUUGAAAAUUGUAUUUAUAUUACUUUUGUUUUUUUUUUGGUUCGAUAUUAUUCAGGAGCAAUAUCUAAUGUUGAUCGAAAUUUUAUUUUCCUCAAGAUUUCUCGAACAUCAUUCUUUCAGUGUACAAAUUAAAUUUAGGCGAAAAAAUGGUGAAGCGUUUUUACAACGGAUCGUGGAAGUCCCAGCUACGAAGUUUGCUGGGCACUGCGACCUCGAUGCUGAAUGAACCAAGUAUUGUAAAGUAUUUAUAUUCCUGACAGGGCAACACUGCCAGUUCGAAUUCACAAAUCAUGAAAAGAUAAAUAAGAAUAGCUGAUAUUAAAGAAAAUUUUCUUCGAUAA